GCUCUCGGCAUGGCCACCCGGCCGCCGCUCGGGCCGCGGAAACGGAGCGGACCCGCGCUGUGCGGGGCGGGCUGGCCGCGGGGCAGCGCCCCGGCCGCCGCGCUGGGGAACGGCUUCCCGCCCAGCAAACGCCCCAAGGGGCCGGCGGAGGUCGGGGCGGAAGAAGAUCCCUUCGGGGACAACGAUGACUUCACGGCGGACGACCUAGAGGAGAUCGACACGAUCGCUUCGCAGGCGCUGUCGCAGGACGCCGCCGGACGAGGCCCGGCCCCGGCGAGCCGCCCGCACGGCGCGUGGAGCGGCGCCGCGGAGCCCGGAGCGGGCGGCGGCGCGGACGGCGCUCAGCUGCGAGGGGCGUUCCAGCUGCAGGUGCUGCAGGCGCAGCACGAGGACGCCCGGCGGAAGCUGAAAGAAAUGCAGGAUGAAAUUCUUACUAAAAAUGGGGAAAUCAAAAUGUUGCGUGACUCAAUGCAGCAGAUGGAGCACACUAUGGAUGAGCAGAGAAGGUCGUACAUGCUGUUGGAACAGCAACAAUCUCAGGCCCUUGGUGAAAAAGAGAGAGAGUUCUCCAAAAAGUUACUGUCACUGCAGUCAGAGUUGCAGUUCAAAGAUGCAGAAAUGAAUGAAUUAAGAACGCGGCUUCAGAACUGUGAAAGAAACAAACACUCAGCUCAAACGGUUGUGCCACAAAGUAGCCCUAAAAAGAAUUUUACAGUCCAGAUGAAAUCAGAAGGGUGUCCUCUGCAGCCUGGAAAAAGGUCUUUUCCUACAAAAGAGUCUUUCAAUGCUGAAACAGCUGUCAGACCCUCUUCUUCUUCUUCAGGAAAUUGUUUUGCACAGAUGGUUUCCAGCAAGGAAGAUAGUAAGAUGCCCCAUCCUGAAUUGUCAUCCAUAAAGCAGGAAGCAAUGGGAAGGAAUGGUUCUUGCAAUUCUGUACCUCGUCGGAACAUUCAAGAGGAUGGAAAAGCCACUCCAAAGGCCAUCUCUCCAGGUUCUGCCUUGCUGAGCGCCCUGCUGAAGCAGCCCCUUGUCUCUGGGUCCCUGCUGGGACUUUGCCAUCUCCUCAGCAGCAGCGCUGAGGCUCUGCCAGGAGCUGUGCUGCAGCCCGACCUUCUGCAGACGCAGCCCACGCAGAUGCCUGGCACCAGGGCAGCCCCGGAAGAAGUUGCUCCUCUUGUGUCCCUGCAAGAAGCUCAGAAGCUCGCAGUGACAGGGCUGAACUUGAUCGCUAUGGACGAAGGGCCGUGCGAAGGGAGCCCUGCAGGGAGUGGGAGCGAGGUGUUGUGUUUGAAACGCUGCAAGAUCCCAGGAGCUGUGCACCUCUUGCCCUUGGUGGAACACCACAUCGGCGCUUACUGUCGAGCGGUGCAGUCGGCAGACAAGUCAGUAAAUGCUUCUUGUGGAAACCAUGCAGUCGUUUCUUCCAGAACCAACACAAGUAAGGUGGCGAGUAAGGAGGACUUCAGGUUGUCUCUUGAAGAAGCAACAGUUCUGUCGCUAGGCAUUCUUUAUUAUUUGGCAUUUUAUAGCUGGGACGUUGUCCACGUGUUGCUGGCUAAUGAGGUGGAAGAAAGUUCUGCUGUUGGAGAAGAACAGCUUUCCAAGACGGACAGAAAUGUGCUGUGUGAUAAUAAAGAUGACAGGACACAAGGAGGGCUGCCUGACGCUCCGCAGGAUGCUGACAGUAACAUUCAAGCACAACAUUCUUUGUUCAGAAAGCUGCUCCAGGUUUUAGCUGUUUCUGCCACUGCAGGCUCCCAGAUGGAUUGCAUCCUGCAGCACAGCCUGAAAGUUCUGGUAAAACUGGCUGAAAACUCAACGAUGGACUUGCUAAUAAAUUUUCAGCACCUCCUGAGCCACCAGGUGCUGCUCCGUGUCCUGUGCCCAGCUGUCCCUCUGCACACAGUUCUUCUGACCGUGAAGCUGCUGUCCAUACUUGCACAACACCACUUGCUGGUUGCUCAACUUUGCUCCCAUUCAGAUAGCUGCCUUCUUCUUGCACUGUACAUGUACAUCACGUCACGACCGGACAAAUCGGCCUCUGAGGUGCAUUGGCUGCAGCUGGAGCAAGAGGCAGUCAGGCUCCUGACCCGGUGCGUGCGGUUCUCCAGCCCAACAGUUUUACCCCCUGCUGCACACUGCCAGUGUAAUCUGGAGGUGGUUAAGGCACUAAUAAUAAUGUUACACAGACAGUGGACAAAGAUUAGAAGAUUUGAGAGCAGCUUGUGUGCACAUAAGGAGCAAGUCAUUCAGUUCUUAAGGGACGCAGUCCUACUCUUACACAGCCUAUCUCAGAAAGACAAACUGUUUCAUGAGCACUGUUUGGAAGUGCUCCAUCAGUAUGACCAAGCCAUGCCAGGCAUUAGAGCCAUCCUCAGAAAAACUAAAAAGCUGAGCGCCUGCGAAGAGCUGAUCUUGGAUGAAUUGUACCCUCCUGAGCCAGAAGCAGAAGAUCAGGACUCCAGUUAGCCAUGUGGCAGUGAUCUCUGCCCGUACUUCAGUCAUCGUAAUCACUGCCAGAGUAAAUCUGAUCUAAAUCAGCAAUUCUCCAAAGUGAUAACUCAAAAGUUGCCCUCCAAUGCACAACUAAAACACAAUUCUUUGUUGCAGUUAUUCUACCUAAGUGCUAUCCAAAUGAAAACAAGGAAAUUGUGAUGUGAGGACAAAAAUAACACUGCCAUGUACUGUUUUGCUGUGCAAAACCACUGGAAGGAUGAACUCAGGAAUGGUUCUGUUUAUGAGCAUCACCCUUCAUGAAGCUGCUGUGAAUGGAAUGGAAACCUUACUGUGUGUUCCCCAUUUACUGUGACUACAGCUGCAUUUAUGCUGGUUUAUGAUGCUGAACGUCCUGGGACGUUUGGGGUCACUGAGUUCCUAUGCAAGUCUUGUGACAAUAUUUGUUGUUUCUUUUGUAGCUGUAACACUUCCCUUGCUUGAGCCUUCUGUGUUGAAAUUAGUAAAUUGUUUACUGUGACUUUUUAAAAAAUAAUGGCAGAAAUAACUUGUAGUCGGCAGUUCUGUGCUGAGCAAGGCAUUUACAAAAGGCCUGGACUCAUCAGCUGAGUUCACUCCUUUUUUCAGUUUCAUGAAUGUGCUGGAAGUGGCACUGCUAAGAUGCUCCACCCAAAGCUGCUGGAGCUUAGAGAAGAACCAGGUGGCUGAAGGGAACGUUGUACUGAGCAAAAGAGGUUCAAAGCUCUGCAGAACCUGAGCUGCAGCACCCGGGUCUGUGCUGCAGUGGAAUUGAAUGAGCAGCUAAUUGCUAGGAUAUGGCACGAAUGAUUGCAGGAGUUACUGUUGCUGUGUUCUUUCGGUGUAGUGGGCUGCUGUUAGCAGCUGAACCUUAGACCCUAAAACCAGAACUGUUUAAUUGCUGCUAAAAGAAGCCCAUUGGUUUGUGGUGCAGCUAUGGGGUGCCUUUGAAGAAGGAACUAACCCUUCUUUAUACCAACAAUGACCUUAUAUAGUGUUUAUGGGGAAGUGAGAAAUUAAGUGCAUAGCUGGUAAACUCAAAAACAUCAAUCCCAGCAUUCAGUCACUUUGCUUUUAUGUAGUGUGUGCUUCCUUACAAAAAGGGAAACGUGUGUCACGUUUUUAGUGGUCGUGAAGGAAAUUACUGCUUUGUAUUCCUAGCUUUUGCAGUUAACAGGCUUCAUAUUGCAGCUGAGUGAAUUGUGAUGGCAUCAAUUCCCGCAGCAAGGGAAGAGGGGCUCCUACCAAGACAGGUUGCAUUGAGGGCAGAAAGAACACGGUUAGGUGUGCUCUUAGGUUAGAGCUCAGUAUUGAGGUGAUAAAGCAAUGGUGAAGUCUAUAAAUUCCUGUUUUUAUCUGCUGUGUAACUAAACUAGCACCAUGCCUUCCUAUCCUUUCCUCUUCAGGAUGUGGGAAGCACAUGAGGACUGUGGGGCCGUAGAACACCACACGGCUUCUCAGUGCCUCUGCCAGGGGCAGAGUGGUGGCAGGAGAGCUGGAGUGAGGGCAUGGCUAUAGGCACUGCGAUGGAACUCUGAGUGGUCCCGGUUCCCUUCACCUUCCAUUCCCUCAGGCACUGUCUGGGUAGGGCUGGAUGCGCCCCAGAAUUUCUUUUGCACCAACAAGUCAGCCCUGCCCAAAUCUUACAAGAUGUGGAGCAGAGACGGAGCUUUAGAAAAGGUCCUUCCUGACAAAGCUUUCCUCCUCUGUGGUCUGAGGGUAGCGCUCGGGCUGUGCAGCACCAGGCACUUGCUGCCUCCUGCAGCACUAAUGCACAAGUGGCCUUCCUGCAGUGGCAUCCAGAACAGGCCUGGCUCCAAGGACCGGAAUGGAGAGCAGCAGUACUGCAGUGGGAGGCAGGCCCUCGGAAAAUUGGGAAGCAUCCAGUCCUCUGGUCUUAACCCAAAAAGGCCGUGCCGUGCCCUGGCGUGCCUGGGCAGGGAGCCCUGCUCUGCAUGCUGAACGUGCUCUUGGCUGGGCUCUUGCUUUUGAAGAGAACUUUCCCAGAAACAGCUGUGCAGGAAUAACGGGUGCAGUAAUUCAACAUCUCCCUCCAGCCAAAGUUGCUUUGCUCCCUCCUCCUGCAGUGCAGCACGGGGACGGGGGGCUGUGAGGAAGCCUGUCUGUGAGAUGCUGUGUCUGGCGCUCAGCCCACUGGAAGGGCAAGCAGAGCUGUCCUGCUGAGAUGCCAUCAUCACAGCACCCCGCAGUGCAGCACUGUCAGCUGUUAAUUGCUCUGCUGUUCUCACCAACUGAUCUCUACGAAUACAAUUUGGGUGUAAGAUGGACUUCAAUCACUUCUGGACUUUAUCUGGACUUCAAUCACUUUAAUCACUUCUGAUAAAAGACUGGAGGAGUUUGAACUAACAGCAGUUAAGGAAUCCUGACUUGUUGAAGCAGUUCAAAGGUAUAAAAACUGUUGGAAAAAAAAAAUCCUGGCUUUAUCUCAAGGACGAUUUGGUAAAGGGGAGAUGUGUAUUACUGCUAAACUUCACAUAAACGAGUAUUAUCUGUGGAAAAUGCAAUAGGAAAAUAUCAUGAAUUGUUCCCUUCUGGGCUGCCGUGAUAUUUUCCCUUCUUUGUGCUCUAAAGUGGGAGGCUGUGAGAAAACCCAACCCUUGUGCUCUUAUGGGCAGAAGUAACGUCGUGGAAUUACAGGAUGGAGCAACACUUCUAAAACCUAAACUUAACAUUAGCUGCUAAGACAAAAGUGAAGCUGCUCGCUGUGUGACCUUGAAGUAAAGCAACUCGGAUUGCUCUAAUCAGACACUCCCUGAAGAAAUCACAGCAUGGCAGUUCUCCUUUCAGGGACAGAUGAACAAACAACAUCUGGUUUCCAUCUUGCCAGGACUCAAAACACAUUUGUGAGAAAGCAGGCUUUAAUAGGUGAGGAUGGCAAACAAAGCACUGCCUGCAACAUCUGCCCUAAACUGUGCAAACUCUUAUUAACUAAAACCAAAAAUAAUCUGGAGGAGGCUCAGGGGAGUCCUCAUUGCUCUCUACAGCUCCCUGAAAGGAGGUUGCAGGGAGAUGGGGGUCGGCCUCUGCUCCCAGCUAACAGCAAUGGGACAAGAGGCAACGGCCUCCAGUUGCACCAGGGGAUCCCCGCUGCAUCUGAGGAAGAACGUCUUUGCUGAAAGAGCGGUCGGGCACUGGCACAGCUGCAUGGGGAGCUGGGAGAGUCAGCGCCCAUGGAGGCGUCCCAGAACCAUGGG